UACACUGUGGUCACACUGGCUCGGUCGUGGGUGGCGCAUCAUCGGUAUUCUGUUGCUAAUUAAACAAGUGCAAAAUUACUUUUUUCAGCAGUGGAGGAAAGUUAAGAUAGCAAGAAAGCAGACGCUGAGAAUUGCAGUCGAUAUUAUUGUUGCUGCGUUUGAGUUGACACAUUUUACUGCUCGAAGACAAAGUCGGCUAUGAAGCCAAUAUCAAAGAAACCAGCCCAAAUAAAAAAAGAAUAAUUACAAAUUCUAGAAAGUGCAGGAGAGCUACAACUACUAAAGGUAUCGUGAACGAUUCUAUAACCGUAAGGUUAUAACCUAUAAGGGCAAUCAACAUAUUCAAAGGCUAAGUUGAGGCGGUUUUGCUCAGCCGCUGAGGGCUUUCCAUUAAUUUUGUGGUAGAAACGGGAAUAAACUUACUUUGUUGCUCGGAAAUUAAUGACACUUCUUGGGCCUAGCGCCCCUGGCAUGGCCUUUAUGAUGAAAAAGAAGAAGUACAAGUUUAACGUUGAAGUGCAGCUGCAGGAUUUGGUAGAGGUGGCCCUUGUCAAUGAGGUGCUGUUCGCAAAGAUAAGGUUGCUCGAUGGAGGUUCUUUUCAGGAGUACAGUAGUCGCGAGGAAGUGCGUAACCAUCGAGUAGAGUGGAACCGCAGCUUUGAGUUCCCUUGCAAGAUGAGCGCGAAUGCCUCAACCGGCGUUUUAGAUCCCUGUCACCUGCGUAUAUCAAUACGCAAGGAAAUGAAGGGCGGCCGAAGCUACUAUAAGCUUGGAUUUAUCGACCUCAAUCUGGCCGAAUUCGCCGGUGCCGGCCUCACCUCCCGUCGGUUUCUUUUGGAGGGCUAUGACUCAAGACAUCGCUUAGACAACUCCAUGUUGCGAGUGAGCAUUAAGAUGCAUAUGCUUAGCGGUGAUAUUCUGUUCAAAGCACCCACGCCAAAUCUAAAAAGCAAGCAGAGCAAGCCAUCAAUGGAUGAUUUUGCCAAUGCAGCCACUGGAGUAGGCCUGCAAGCACCGACAGCUACCGCUCUGUCCAAUAUAGGUAGUGGAAGCAGUGUGGCAUCCGUUCCAUUGGGUGGUAGUGGAGCCACUUUGGGCGGCAUCCCCGGCAAUCAGUCGCUACCCGGAACGCGACCCGUUUCCACCACAAAGGACGAGGAUAUCGAUAGCCAGGCUUUAAUAGCAGCUAUUGUGACUGACUCCGGCUUAUCGGAGUCCUCGGAGUCGGGUGUAACGUUGACCACGGAUAAUCUCCAGCAGCAUGCCUCAGUUGUCGUAGCUAAUCCUAUUAGUCCUGUUACCCAACCGCUGCCGGUACUGGGAAUCAUUGGCAGUAACAAUUACGGAACAACAGGAGGGUGUAUUGGAUUUUCCGGCGCCGGCAACGCCACCCUCAUAGAAAUGGGUCAUUCAAGAAAUUCCAGUAAUACUAGUCAAAUGUCAAAAGGAUCGGGUUAUAGUAGUUUUUCGCACAGUCAACACUCAAGGCAAAGUUCUGAAGGUGAUUCGGGACAUGCUAGUCGCUUUAGAAAAUCCGUUUCUCUACUUAAUAGACUCAAUCAGAGAGCAAUUAAUGCCAUGAAAUUGAAUAUACCACGCAGCCGACCGCACGGCCAGAAGGGAGAUGAGCAUCAGCCAUGUAACAGCUUGCCAGUGGUAGUAGCCAAAAGCCAUCGUGUUCAUACUCAUCUCAGUCUCAGCACCACUGUUGAAUACACUAGCGAUGAACAGCUUUACCAGACUCCAAACGCCACCAUGACCAACUCUCAAAAGUUGGCCUUUGAGGACUUCCGCACUCCGAUGGCAGAACAUGGAGCUCCGUUCUUUGAACCCAUGGGAGCUUGCUGUAGUGGUACUCCCAGCUCUACAUAUCGUAGUGCAGAAACUCCGUCCACCGCUACGCAAUAUUAUGACAGUGGAGAGGCGAGCGACACAGACGAGUGUCUUAACGACGACUCAGGCGACAAUGAUUCUGGCCUGGAGGAAAAUUUUCAUACGCCCCGUGUGGCCAAGAUUAAGUCAAUGGAGAAUCUCUCCAUUCUGGAGAUGGAGUUUCACAAGGCUUCUAUGGAACUGGACCGCAAUUCACCGCGCCGCCUUAAGCAACUGGCUGAAAAUGCGCAGAUCCCCAAGAUGAAGUCGCUAAACAACCUCUGUUUUGACCACUAUGCGGAGCAGUCGGUUCGCGAAGAGUUUCAGCGCAUGCACGAACAGUCGCUUGAGGAGCGAAUGCGCUUCCAACAGCACCAUCAAUUAAGAAAGAACUCCAACACAUCGAACGGGUCAGCGACAAAGAUAUACGUAAAGCAUUUGAGCCACCAGAAUCAUCAUCACAUUAAAGUCGGUAACGCCAAGUUCAUCGGGCAGGACGGCAACGAUAGUCCGCAAUCGAUGCACUACCCCAUUCAGAAGAUGCGAUCAAUGGGUACAAUACAGGACAUUGUGAGCGACCGCAUUAAGCCUGACCCGUUUCUCACUCCAACUACCGAGCGAAAGCCUAAUUUCUCACGUCUCGUCCAGUCUUCAGAGAAGCCGGUGCUGGGCAGCAGCUACGUCAAUCGUCUACUUACCUACGAUGUCGUGGACUCGCCGUCAGAGCCGUUUAACAGCUCACUGUCCUUUGUGUCGCGUACCCCCUUUCAGCGAGUAUAUCGGCGCAACAUACAGCAUGGCACCUCUUCGACGCCUCUGGCUACUCAGGAUUCGUUCACCGUGCGACCACAUUCCACGAAUGCUGCCUAUGAACUAAUGAGAAACUUCAGUGGAGUUCCUCGUCGGCUCUUUGAUGGCAAUAGCACCACCGCAGGCCAGAACAGCAACAUAGGUGCUGUCAGCAGCAACAGACAGCAUCAGUCCAGUGCUGCAGGAGUUAACAGUUUUGUUGGAUCCAAUUCAUCGCCUUGUGGAACUUUGGCCAGUAUUUACUCAAGCCAUUCUGCCUCCUCAUCAAAUGGCAGCAACAGCAGCAGCAGCGGAGCAGUCAUUACCUUUCAAUGUAACGCAGACAGUGGACAGGACACAGUGGACUCAGCAAACCAUCAACCGCAGAUGACAGAGGGAUCGUCUAACGGUCAUGGUAGCAGCCCCCGGUUAGGCAACGUCAUGUCAGGCGAUGCCAUUAGCUCGAUGGCCGGCAGUCCCACAGACGCUUGUAGCAUCCGUUCUAAUCCGUCGGCCGCCUCACUUCUUCUUUCCACUUCGGCGGCUGCAGCAGAGGCUUCUGCAUUGGCCUCGGCAACCAUGUCCGUUUCAGGAGCAACACUUUCACCUCUAGCCACCACCCAAAUCAUUCGCCGCCCUAGCAUCACAAUGAUGAAUCCCAGCUCGGGUUCGUUAGUUAUUAGUGAGACGGGAUCUCUAGAUCGGACGAAAAGCAGCGGUGAGAAGCGCAAAAAAGGUGCGCUCGAUGACGGGCCACGUGUUUCCGACCGAGUGGAGGAGACACGGGUCAAUCCAGACUCGUUAAUUGAUGAGAUUUUAAAGGACACUAAACUCGAUCAGUUGGAGGAGUCAGCAGAAACCUCAGGCCUUCAACUGUACAUCGCUCGCGAUGGAACCGCCUCCUUGGGUGGACACGAGGUUAAAUCAAGCGUACGAGCUGGCGCCCUUAAGCAGGUGGUCAUGCAGGAUAGAAGAUAGUAGUAUCCGAGACUCACAGCUCCUUUUUACAAUUAAAUAGAAGAACUAAUCGAAACAGUUCGCAUUACGAACAUGUUUACUUACAAGCUAAAGUGAGAAUUCAAAUACGCUAUAUAUGAAUAUAUAAAAUGUUUGUCGGAACUACACUGCUAUAAAUGUAAUUAAAUAACUACACAUAUGUGUUUAUAAACAAACACGCAUGUAUAUUAUAGAUUUGUUAACAGGCGUAACUUGUCUAGUUGUAUUUGCAAGUGUUGUGAAUCAGGUAAACAACCGUUAACAAUUAGGAAAACCAAAAAUGAAAUUCAUAAAACUGCACUUUAUAUAUGCAUUAAAAAUUACUCGCAAUGGAAUACGAUAAAUAAGAAGUUUUAAAUUUUAUUUUCGAAUAUAUAAUAUUAUGUUUUGCUUCCAUCAAUUUGUCCAGCCUCAAGGCAUUUAUAAAUAUAUUAUAAAAUUUAUAGAAUUAAUAACGCAAAAGUCAUGUUAAACAAAAAGCUUCAAAAAUAAAACACCGAAUUUUAAAAGUCAUCGAAAUACAGCGCAAUAAAAACCUAAAUAAGCCCAAUUAGUUUUCACAAUUCAGCCCAUUAUAUGCAUUUUUUUGAUAACAUACACAAUAAUUAAUCAAUGUUCACAGAUAACUUUUCUUUUUUAAAUUCAACAUUUUUGAAGAUUUGUAACUGGUAUUCUAGUUGUGUUAGUUUU